AGCGCGCCCUUCCUCCACCCCCACCCGAGAGACAGCUGAACUCCGGCCGGGACGCGCGUGUUGCCAGUCCAGCCCUGCACCGCGUCCCCUGAGGGCGGGCUGCAGGCGGCCGGGAAGCCUUGCACAACCGGCCCAAAAGAGGAAGCCCAGAAAGUGCUGAAGUAAACACUUAGGGAGACCGUUGCAACAUAAAGCGGCCUCUCAGUCUUUGGUGGAACCAUCACUAGGCCCCAAUCCCUUAGUCCCUCUUGCGUCGAGGCUGCAAAAUGGUUCCAUUCGCCAGGAGACGCUCCUGAGAGAAGGGCGCGCGCGGCACAGGGGCCUUCCUUGCACCUCGGAGCAAAGCAGCUCGGAUAGCGCCACACGUCUGCGCGCUGCGUGGGAAGGGCAGGGCUGACAGCACUUCCUCCCCGGGGCAGCGACCUGGAGCCCGGGUGCGGCAGUCUGCACCGCGCGUCGCUUUCCCGGCCGGAGCCUCGCCGCCUUCCCGCGCCCCGCAGCGCCCCGCAGCGCCCCGCAGAGCAGUCGAGAUGGGUGAGUCAAGUGAAGACAUAGACCAAAUGUUCAGCACUUUGCUGGGAGAGAUGGAUCUUCUGACUCAGAGUUUAGGAGUUGACACUCUCCCUCCUCCUGACCCUAAUCCACCCAGAGCUGAAUUUAACUACAGUGUGGGGUUUAAAGAUUUAAAUGAGUCCUUAAAUGCACUGGAAGACCAAGAUUUAGAUGCUCUCAUGGCAGAUCUGGUAGCAGACAUAAGUGAGGCUGAGCAGAGGACAAUCCAGGCACAGAAAGAGUCCUCGCAGAAUCAACAUCAUUCAGCAUCUCUACAAGCAUCAAAUUUCAGUGGUGCAGCCUCUCUUGGUUAUGGAACAAAUGUUGCUGCCACUGGUAUCAGCCAAUAUGAGGAUGACUUACCACCUCCACCAGCCGAUCCUGUGUUAGACCUUCCACUGCCACCACCACCUCCUGAACCUCUCUCUCAGGAAGAGGAAGAAGCCCAAGCCAAGGCUGAUAAAAUUAAGCUGGCGCUGGAAAAACUGAAGGAGGCCAAGGUUAAGAAGCUCGUCGUCAAGGUGCACAUGAAUGAUAACAGCACAAAGUCACUGAUGGUGGAUGAGCGGCAGCUGGCCCGAGAUGUUCUGGACAACCUUUUCGAGAAAACUCAUUGUGACUGCAAUGUAGACUGGUGUCUUUAUGAAAUCUACCCGGAACUACAAAUUGAGAGGUUUUUUGAAGACCAUGAAAAUGUUGUUGAAGUCUUAUCAGACUGGACAAGAGACACAGAAAAUAAAAUACUAUUUUUGGAGAAAGAGGAGAAAUAUGCUGUAUUUAAAAACCCCCAGAAUUUCUACUUGGAUAACAGAGGAAAAAAAGAAAGCAAGGAAACUAAUGAGAAAAUGAAUGCUAAGAACAAGGAAUCCUUACUUGAGGAAAGUUUCUGUGGAACAUCUAUCAUUGUACCAGAACUGGAAGGAGCUCUUUAUUUGAAAGAAGAUGGAAAGAAAUCCUGGAAAAGGCGCUAUUUUCUUUUACGGGCUUCUGGAAUUUAUUAUGUACCCAAAGGAAAGACUAAGACAUCUCGAGAUCUGGCGUGUUUUAUACAGUUUGAAAAUGUCAACAUUUACUAUGGGACUCAGCAUAAAAUGAAAUAUAAAGCGCCCACUGACUAUUGCUUUGUUUUAAAGCACCCCCAAAUUCAGAAGGAGUCCCAGUAUAUCAAGUAUCUCUGCUGUGAUGACGCAAGAACCCUUAACCAGUGGGUCAUGGGAAUACGAAUAGCCAAGUAUGGGAAGACUCUCUAUGAUAACUACCAGCGGGCUGUGGCAAAGGCUGGACUUGCCUCUCGGUGGACAAACUUGGGGACAGUCAAUGCAGCUGCACCAGCUCAGCCAUCUACAGGACCUAGAACAGGCACCACCCAGCCCAAUGGACAGAUUCCCCAGGCUACACAUUCUGUCAGUGCUGUUCUCCAAGAGGCCCAGAGACAUGCUGAAACAUCGAAGGAUAAGAAGCCAGCCCUCGGGAACCACCACGACCCGGCAGUGCCCCGGGCCCCGCACGCCCCCAAGUCCAGCCUGCCCCCGCCCCCUCCGGUGCGGAGGUCCUCCGACACCAGCGGCAGUCCCGCCACGCCCCCCAAGGCCAAGGGCACAGGCAGCGGGGGCUUGCCCGCCCCACCCGACGACUUCCUGCCGCCGCCGCCACCGCCGCCGCCCCUCGAUGACCCUGAGCUCCCGCCGCCGCCCCCGGACUUCAUGGAGCCGCCCCCAGACUUCGUACCUCCGCCCCCGCCGUCGUACGCAGGAACCGCGGGCUCAGAGCUGCCCCCGCCGCCGCCGCCGCCGCCCGCGCCCGCCCCCGUCCCCGACUGCGCCAGGCCGCCCCCCGCGGUGGCCAAGAGGCCUCCUGUGCCCCCCAAGAGGCAAGAGAACCCAGGGCACCCCGGCGGGGCAGGAGGCGGGGAGCAAGAUUUCAUGUCAGACCUCAUGAAAGCUUUGCAAAAGAAGAGAGGCAACGUGUCCUAGGGACGGGCGUGAUGAGUGUGCCAGAGGGAGAAGCAUCGCUGACCCCGAGCGCAGGUUUUGCUAGCAGAUUGCCCUGACAUCUUGUUCAUUUCAGAUAAAAUGUGAUGGGAAACUUCUCACUGUUGUGCUCAAGUACAGGCAUAACCAUUAACCCAGUAGAGUUCAGAAUAUCUGCCCAAAUGUACAUAUCGUUCCCAUGUAUUUUAGCCUAAAUGGAAUGUAUCUUCCCUUCCAAGCUGCCUAAAGUGCUGUUUUAGGUUCAUUUAUUUUAUUAUGUUCAGAAGCAUCAAAUGAAUAAAAGUUAAACGUUUUUCCGGAA